AUGUCAAGGAGCUCAUACAACGGCACCAUCUGCAUUCGCCCCGACCGCGGUCUCCGCAGGGACAAUACACAGCAGCCCGACAACCAUACCAUUGUCAAGCAAGCAUUUGCGAAUUCCAUGCCUCAAAUAAUGGCAAUCAUAUGGGAGGAGAUGGAAAAACUUCAACGAGAUACCGACAACGGGCAAUCGUCAGGUCUGGCACCUUGA